UGACUAUGGAUAUAUCAGAAUUAGGGAGGCAGGGCAAAGAUUUUACCCCUCAACUCAGUCCCCAACCCCUGCUCAGUGUCUUCUAACUAGAGGCCGUCCCCCUUGCCACUCCCUUAGCUUUCAUUCUCUGUCAGUAAAUGAAGCAGCUGCUGAGCCAGCUCUGAUUUUCGGGAAGUCAGAUGACCUUUUUCCUCCUCUGGUUCGGCUCUCCUUGCCCUGGGGUGGACACCAUGAACCCACAAAUGGUUCUCCUUUGCCUGCUGCUCGUGUGCCCAGGCCUGGCAGCUGCCGCUCCUUCCUGUCCUCAGAAUGUGAAUAUCUCUGGUGGCACUUUCACCCUCAGCCAUGGCUGGGCACCCGGGAGCCUUCUCACCUACUCCUGCCCCCAGGGCAGUUACCCAGUCCCUGCGUCGCGACUGUGCAAGAGCAAUGGACAGUGGCAGACGCCAAGAUCCACAAGAUCCAUUCGGCUCACUAAGGCGGUCUGCAGACCUGUUCGCUGUCCAGCCCCUGUUUCCUUUGAGAAUGGUGUGUACACUCCACGGCUGGGGUCCCACCCUGUGGGUGGCAACCUCACUUUCGAGUGUGAGGACGGCUUCACACUGAGGGGCUCACCUGUGCGUCACUGUCGCCCCAAUGGCAUGUGGGAUGGAGAGACAGCCGUGUGUGACAAUGGGGCUGGCCACUGCCCCAACCCAGGCAUUUCAGUAGGUGCAGUGCGCACAGGCUCCCGCUUUCGCCUGGGGGACAAGGUCAGCUAUCGCUGCUCCUCAAAUCUGGUGCUGACAGGAUCUUCAGAGAGGGAGUGCCAGGGGAAUGGGGUCUGGAGCGGGACGGAGCCCAUCUGCCGCCAACCCUACUCUUACGACUUUCCUGAGGACGUGGCCCCUGCCCUUUCCACCUCCUUGUCCCAUGUGCUGGGAGCCGCCAAUCCCACCCAGCAGAAGAAGGAAAACCUGGGCCGUAAAAUCCAGAUCCAGCGCUCUGGUCACCUGAACCUCUACCUGCUCCUGGAUGCCUCUCAGAGUGUGUUGGAAGAUGACUUUGAGGUCUUCAAGAACUGUGCUUCCAUCAUGGUGGACAGGCUCUUCAGCUUCGAGAUCAAUGUUAGCGUUGCCAUCAUCACAUUUGCCUCGCGGCCCCAAGUCAUCAUGUCUGUCCUGAAUGAUAAAUCCAGGGAUGUGACUGAAGUGAUCGACAGUCUGGAAAAGGCCAACUAUAAAGAUCAUAAGAAUGGAACUGGGACCAAUACCUACGAAGCCCUACAUUCUGUCUACCUCAUGAUGAAUAACCAAAUGCAACGCCUUGGCCUGGAAACGAUGGCCUGGAAGGAAAUCCGACAUGCCAUCAUCCUUCUGACAGAUGGGAAGUCUAACAUGGGUGGUUCUCCCAAACCAGCAGUUGACAAUAUCAGAGAGGUCCUGAAUAUCAAACAGAAUAGGAACGACUAUCUAGACAUCUAUGCCAUCGGGGUGGGCAAGCUGGAUGUGGACUGGAGAGAACUGAAUGAGCUGGGGUCCAAAAAGGAUGGUGAGAGGCAUGCCUUCAUUCUGCAGGACACCCAGGCUUUGCACCAGGUUUUUGAACAUAUGCUGGAUGUCUCCAAGUUCACAGACACCAUCUGUGGGGUGGGGAACAUGUCGGCUAAUGCCUCUGACCAGGAGAGGACACCCUGGCAUGUCACUAUUAAGCCCAAGAGCCAGGAGACCUGUCGGGGGGCCCUUGUCUCUGACCAGUGGGUUCUGACAGCAGCUCACUGUUUCCGUCACGCUGAAGACCGCUCCCUGUGGAGGGUCAAUGUGGGGGAUCCCAACUCCCAGUGGGGCAAAGACUUCCUUAUUGAGAAGGCCGUGAUCUCCCCGGGGUUUGAUGUCUACGCAAAGAAGGACCAGGGGAUCCUAGAGUUCUAUGGUGAUGACAUAGCCUUGCUGAAGCUGGCCCAGAAAGUGAAAAUGUCCACCCAUGCCAGGCCUAUCUGCAUUCCCUGCACAGUGGAGGCCAACAUGGCUCUGCGGAGACCCCAAGGUAGCACUUGUCAGGACCACGAGAAAGAACUUCUGAACCAACAGAGUAUCCCUGCUCACUUUGUGGCCCUGAAUGGGAGCAAACUGAACAUUAACCUCAAGACAGGGUCAGAGAGGUCAAACUGUAUCCAGGUCGUCUCCCAAGAAAAAAAAAUGUUCCCCAACUUGACGGAUGUCAGAGAGGUGGUGACAGAUCAGUUCCUAUGCAGUGGGACCCAGGAGGAUGACAAUCCCUGUAAAGGAGAAUCUGGGGGAGCAGUUUUCCUUGAGCGGAGAUUUAGGUUUUUCCAGGUGGGUCUGGUGAGCUGGGGUCUUUACAACCCCUGUUUUGGUGCCACCAACAAAAACUCGCGCAAAAAGCCUCCCCGUGGUGCCCCACCACCCCGAGACUUCCACAUUAAUCUCUUCCGCCUGCAGCCCUGGCUGAGGCAGCAUCUGGAGGGUGUCCUGAAGUUUUUGCCCCUUUAAUCAUGGCCACCAAUCCCUUGGCUAUCCUGCCAGGAUCUGCCAUCUCUCCUAUCUCCUACUUCUGAACGCCCACCCUCAGACCCUGUGACCCAUCCUCAGUCCUAGCUGUGUGAAUUGAGGAGCUGUGUGAAUUCAGCAACAGCAAGCACAAGCAGGAAAGUCCCCAGGGCUGCUGGCCAGCAUGUCUGCCCACUACACCCUCCCCUCCUGCACUUGCUCAAAUCCCUCCCUCUGGUGAACUUGACUUGUGUUCCUUUUACUUUCACAUGAAAUUUCUCUGUUAUGAAAUUAAUAAAAAUUGAUGAUUUCCACA